UUGGUUACUGGAAGGUUUGACAAACUGUUGAGUAGGCUCGGCUGCUAGCUGGCUUGUUUUAGGUUUUGGUUAAUGUUACGUCUGACACGUCGCUAACUUUGGCGUUUGUGACGUAAACACAACAGUUAUUGAGCCUGGUGCAAGAAGAGCACAUUUUUUACCCUAGUGCUGGAGGUCCGUGGUAAACACAAUGGCGAACAGCAUUGAGCAGCCAUGUUAUACUUUGAUCAACGUAACGUCAGAGUCAGAGAGUUACAAUGAACUUCAGUUAAAAAUGGAUCUAGAAAAGGGUGAUAUUAAAGUAAAAAUAGAAGCGUUAAAGAAGGUUAUCCACAUGAUAUUGGCUGGUGAAAGGAUACCAGGAGUAUUGAUGACCAUCAUUCGUUUUGUCCUUCCCCUGCAAGAUCACACAGUUAAGAAACUGCUCCUUAUCUUUUGGGAAAUUGUCCCUAAAACAACAAGUGAUGGAAAACUGCUCCAUGAAAUGAUCUUGGUCUGCGAUGCUUACAGAAAGGAUCUCCAGCAUCCAAAUGAAUUUGUACGUGGGUCAACCUUAAGGUUCCUCUGCAAACUCAAAGAACCUGAACUUUUGGAGCCUAUCAUGCCUGCAAUCAGAGCCUGUUUAGAACACAGGCACUCAUAUGUUCGGCGCAAUGCAGUUCUUGCUAUUUUCACAAUUUUCAAGAAUUUUGAGUUUCUUAUUCCUGAUGCGCCCGAACUUGUUGCAAACUUCCUGGACAUUGAGCAAGACAUGUCUUGCAAAAGAAAUGCUUUCCUCAUGCUGUUACAUGCUGAUCAAGAACGGGCUCUUGCCUAUCUUGCAUCGUGUCUUGAUCAAGUUUCUUCCUUUGGUGACAUUUUGCAGCUGGUCAUUGUGGAGCUCAUUUACAAGGUUUGCCAUGCCAACCCAUCUGAAAGGUCUCGUUUUAUUCGCUGUAUUUACAAUCUCCUAAAUUCCACAAGUGCAGCUGUGCGUUAUGAAGCUGCAGGCACUCUCGUUACACUCUCCAGUGCACCUACAGCUAUAAAGGCAGCAGCAUCAUCUUAUAUUGAUCUUAUCAUUAAAGAAAGUGACAACAAUGUAAAAUUGAUAGUUCUAGACAGAUUAAUCGCCCUUAAGGAACAUCCCACACAUGAAAGAGUACUGCAGGAUCUUGUUAUGGAUAUUCUUCGUGUGCUUGCGAGUCCCGACAUUGAAGUGAGACGAAAGACAUUGUCCUUAGCUCUCGAGCUAGUCUCAUCUCGUAACAUUGAAGAAAUGGUUCUUGUUCUGAAGAAAGAAGUAGCCAAGACGCACAACUUGGUAGAACAUGAGGACACAGGAAAAUACAGACAAUUACUUGUACGAACAUUACACACAUGUUGCAUCAAGUUUCCUGAUGUGGCUGCAACUGUUAUCCCAGUGUUGCUUGAGUUCUUAUCAGAUACCAAUGAGCUGGCUGCUUCUGAUGUUCUUGUGUUUGUGAGAGAGGCUAUUCAAAAGUUUGAUAACCUCCGCCCUCUCAUCGUUGAGCGAUUACUGGAUGCGUUUGCAAGUAUCAAGUCUGUCAAGGUGCAUCGGGCAGCUUUGUGGAUUCUGGGAGAGUAUGCAGUCACUGCAGAUGACAUUCAAACUGUUAUGUCUCAAAUCAGACAAACUCUUGGAGAGAUACCUCUCGUGGAAGAUGAGCUAAAGAAGGCUUCAGGUGAGAAAACUGAAGAAGAUGCUAACUCUUCAAGUGUUGGCACUGUUCAAAAAUUAGUGACUUCUGAUGGAACUUACGCCACCCAAUCUGCUUUCAGUGCAUCUGUCAAUAUUAAAAAGACGGAAGCAAGGCCGCCGUUACGCCAAUAUUUAAUGGACGGAGAUUUCUUCAUGGGUGCAUCUUUGGGUACCACUCUUGUAAAACUUGCUCUAAGAUACAUUUCUUUGGUAUCUGAUUGUGUGAGGCAAAAUCGGUUCUGUGCUGAAGCUAUGCUUAUUAUCACCUCAGUUUUGCAUCUUGGGAAGUCUGGUCUACCUUCAAAACCCAUUACUAAUGAUGAUGCUGAUCGUCUCUUCCUCUGUCUUCAUGUUCUCUCUGACCGUUCCCCUGAGAUAAUUUCCAUUUUUAGUCAGCAAUGUCGCAAUGCUCUGUCAAUCAUGCUCUCAGCCAAGGCUGAAGAAGAAGCAUCGAUUAAUAAGGCCAAAGAAAAGCCUGGAAACGAAGUUCAAGCUGAUCACCCUAUCAGCUUCCUACAACUUUCCUCUCAACGAGGUGACCAAGCCACAGAGAAUGUUUUUGAGUUGAGUUUGAGUCAGGCGCUUGCAGGCUCAAGACGAGACGGCAAUAGUAAAGAAGUAGGUAUGAGUGGGGCUACAAAGCUGAACAAGGUUACACAACUCACUGGGUUCUCAGAUCCUGUGUAUGCUGAAGCCUAUGUUCAUGUUAAUCAGUAUGACAUAGUUCUUGAUGUUCUCAUCGUGAAUCAAACUGGGUCAACCUUGCAAAAUUGUACCUUGGAGCUGGCAACUUUGGGUGACCUGAAAUUGGUGGAAAGACCACAACCUGUUGUUCUGGCACCUAAAGACUUUUGUAAUAUUAAAGCCAAUGUAAAAGUUGCAUCCACUGAGAAUGGAAUCAUCUUUGGCAACAUUGUCUAUGAUGUUAGUGGUGCAGCCUCAGAUCGUUAUGUUGUAGUUUUAAAUGAUAUCCACAUUGAUAUCAUGGAUUAUAUUGUACCAGCUUCUUGUACUGAUACAGAAUUCAGACAGAUGUGGGCAGAGUUUGAAUGGGAGAAUAAGGUGUCAGUUUACACCAAUCUCACUGACCUCCAUGAAUAUCUGAACCAUCUCCUUAAGAGUACCAAUAUGAAGUGCUUGACACCUGUAAAGGCGUUAUCAGGACAGUGUGGAUUCAUGGCAGCAAACAUGUAUGCUAGGUCAAUUUUUGGGGAAGAUGCUUUAGCUAACCUUAGCAUAGAGAAGCCAUACAACAAGCCGGACGCUCCUGUCACUGGUCAUAUUAGAAUUAGGGCUAAGAGCCAGGGAAUGGCAUUGAGCCUUGGGGAUAAAAUCAACAUGGCUCAAAAACGACCUCAAAAGUCAUGUGGCCAAUGAUUUUUCUUGCUCCAAGUGAAAAGGUUUAUUAAGUUCCAAGAUUAAUUCUAUGUUAUUACUAUUACCAUUUAAUUGUAUGUUAAUUUUAUGGCUUUCAUGCAAUGUACACCUUGAAUGUUGUUCCAGUAUGUUCAUGUACUUUUUAUUACAGAUAGUGUAAUGUAAUACAUUUCAAUUAAAUUCCUGUGUUGAUUCAUUAAAGCUUUUAUUGAUUAACUUUAAA